CAGACAAAGAGAUGGGUUCGGCAGCGGAGACAACGAGGAGUCUUCACCAUGUCCUCCAUGAUCAUGUCCUAGUAGAGGUAUUCUUGCCUCAGGAAUUCCGUUGUAAUGGAUGCAGAACCUUGGGCAUCGGCCUGCGCUACCGCUGCCAUGGUUGCGACUUCGAUUUACACCUCUACUGUUCCACAUGUCCCAUGACCCUCCCAUGCCAUAUGCACUCCGACCACCCCCUCAGCCUACUCCGGCAGCCGCAGGGGCUGAUGAUGCAAGGAAAUGGGCGCCUCUGCAAUGUCUGCCGCGACAGCCUACAAGGGAUCUUCUAUGCUUGCCCUCUGUGUGACUUCGAUGCUCAUCCCAUCUGCACCCAGUUACCUUCUACUGUCAAGCACGCAGUGCACCCCCAACACAUCCUCUCCUUGCAACCUGGGGGACCUAACAACUGUUCUAUUUGCGGAUUUGCCUGUAACUACUGGCGCUAUGGCUGUGCAUAUUGUCAUGUACAUCUUCACUUUGAGUGUGUUCUCCGACCACCAAGACCAAUCGGACUCUCACAGCUGCAGCAACCCUACCAUGCACCACCACUUCUGUUUCCGCUGCCGCCACGGCCUCCGUAUUACCCCCCAGAGAGCCCAAGGAUGCGGAUGCCCGCUGUUGUUGACAGACUUAAAGCCGGGGUUCAAGCUGGUGAAGUUUUCGGAAAUUCAUAAACCAUGGAGGCCGGACGAUUUCAGAGUUUCAUUUUCGGGGAAGAAAUAACGAAUUGGAGAAUCAAGCACAUGAGUAUCAUAUGUAUGGUUUCACAUAACAAGAUUGGAGAGUGUCUGGUGAUGAACAUGUGAUGAGAGUAAUUUGGUGAGCAUUAUAUUCAGUUAUACCCCCAUAUUCAUAUUCAGAAUCUGAAAUCUCAGUACUCUUACAGGAAUGAACUAUGAAGAAUCUGCUUUCACGGUUUUUCCCCCUCAAAUUUGGAAUCGAGGACACAUGACAUGAUACAUCUAUUGAGUGGGUGGAUGGGUCUCUAUAGUUGAUUAAACUUCAAUUUAUAUACUAGUAAUGCAUUGGUGAAAAUUAUCUUGAUUCAUUGUAUGGAUUUUUCACCUGUGGUGGUGAUGGGUUAUUGUCAGCUAAGUCAAAAAAACUGUAUUAUGGUUGAAAUAUGAGGCCACCCACUCAAUCAUUGUUGGAUAAACCCUCAACAAGAAUGCAUCUUUUUCAAAUAUGUAACAUGUUAUAUUUAUAUUUAUGUAGCAAUAUGUAUUUACAAGCUCAAAGGUUGUCUCACUAAUAGAUAACCAAGCAAAUCCAAAGUGCAGUGCAAGUCAGGCCUAUUUAGGUCGGCUUGAUGCCAACGUUAGGCAAUAUAAUCAAGUGGUUGAAGCCCCAAUCCAACCCUAAUUAGGUUGGGCUCGA